AUGCCAACCAAUACCAUCAUAAUCACUGAUCCAAACUACCUUGACCCGAAGUACGAUGAUUUGUUGGACCGGCUCAUAGAGACGAUCGAUUUAGCGAUCGGGGACGAUGAAACAGUUCAAGUGUCGAAGCUCCGUUUUUUCAAUAGAGUGCUAGUGGUGUUUGAAGAUCAGCAGACUGCCGAACAAGUUUACAAGAUGCUACAACAAAAUCAUAUACGAUGUGACUAUUCACUUCGAGAUAAUCCAUUAACGAAGAAGCGGGACCAAUUGGAGGCCAACCAACCAAUAGGAGAGGAUGAAAAGAUGCCUAUAGACUCAAUCUACCUUGAGCCUCCGCCACAAAGCAUUCAGAUGAAAUCUCCACCAGCUUCGCCGUAUCUGGAAUGGGUGGACGAACCAGAAGAAGCACCAGAUGAAAUGACUAUGACUGAUCCAAAAUCUCUGGCCAAUAUAUUAUACGAGCCAGGAGAAGGAGGAAGAGAGAGAGUGUUCAAAGAAGAAGAGAUGGAUAGCUUGAACUUAGGAGACGGUUUGGACGAUGAAAAGGUACCGAUAUUGAUGAUAGGAAAGGAAGAAGCACAGAAUUUGAGGGAGAAAAGUGAACGUUUAGAGAGUAACACUCAUUAA